UGGGCCGCAAUGCAAAAAAAUAGUGUGAAAUCAGCCAAGAACUGCCAGUUGACGGAGGGGAUGAAACAGAAAACUGCCGUAUUACAACUCACGUUCCAAACCUUUUUUUUACAUGCGAUUCCACUUGCUGACGCCUGCGCUACUCUGGCGUUCAAACCCGGCCGUCUGGGGUAAAAUGCGGCGGAAAUGCGGGUUUGUGUCUGGCCGAUGCGCCCCCAAGCCCCGCUUUCUGCUGUCGGAUUGUGGUUUGUCAUCUUGACAUUGGGAUCAAAGGAUAUAAAUAAGGCAUCCCGUCGCCUCGCACAAUUCUAGUUACAAAGCACACAAACAAACCAAUUCAUACUUACACAAUGACUGUCUCAAACACUCUCAAGUACACACCCAUCGAGGCCAUUGAAGAUGCUCACGCUACUACCCGCAAGACGUUUAUGAGCAAGAAGACACGCCCUGUCGAGUACCGCAAGACUCAACUUCGUAAACUCAAUGAGCUCCUUAGCGAGAACAUACCAGCCUUGUGCCAGGCGGUGAAUGCCGACCUCAGCAAGCACCCGCAAGAAACCACAAUGUUCGAGAUCAUGGCUCUUCAGCAACACGCCAUGGAGGCCGUUGAGCUCCUCGAUGAGUGGGUCAAGGGUGAAGAACCUGAGGCUCCUGCACCAUUCUUCACUGGAAAGAGAAUGGCCAUUCGCCAUGAGCCUCUAGGCAAUGUCUUGAUCAUUGCUCCAUGGAACUACCCUCUCCGUCUCACUUUAUCUCCUUUGAUCGGCGCGAUCGCUGCCGGUUGCACGGCAGUCGUGAAGCCCUCUGAAGUCUCUGCCAACACCUCGCGCGUCCUCGCUGAUCUUAUCCCAAAGUACCUCGACAACGAUGCGUACAAGAUUGUGAACGGCGGCAUUCCCGAAUCCACCAAGCUUCUGGAGCUCAAGUGGGACAAGAUUUUGUACACUGGUAACGGCCACGUUGGCAGAAUCAUCAUGACGGCUGCCGCCAAGCACCUUACACCCGUCAUUCUUGAGCUUGGCGGAAAGUCCCCUGUCAUUGUCACUAAAAAUGCCGACAUCAAGACCGCUGCCCUCCGAAUCACCCACGGCAAGUUUUUGAACAAUGGCCAGACUUGCAUCGCCCCCGACUACUUAUUGGUCGAAAAGUCGAUCAAGGACGAACUUAUUGCUGAGAUCAAAAAGAAGGUUGUCGAGAACUGGGGUGAAAACCCCAAGGAGAGCUCGUCCUACAGCCGAGUCGUCAACCACCACCACUGGAAACGCGUCACUUCUCUGCUCGAUCGUUCAAAGGGAAAAGUCCUUCACGGUAACGACCGCGAUGAAGAAUCCCUCUACCUCGCUCCUACCAUUGUAGACCUCCCAUCCGCCGAAGACUCGUUGAUGGAAGACGAGCUCUUUGCUCCCAUUCUCCCCGUCGUCACUUUUGAAAACCUUGAUGAGACUAUCGAUCUCAUCAACAGCAAGGACACCCCCUUGGCCCUUUACAUCUUCACCGAUGACGAGAAGGAAUCCAACCUCGUCCUCGAAAGCACCCGUUCUGGUGGAACAUGUGUGAACGAUGUCGUCGUGCACAUCAUCCCUACCAACCUUCCGUUCGGCGGAGUUGGUGAGAGUGGAAUGGGUGCUUACCAGGGCAAGGACUCUUUCUUGGCCUUUUCUCACCGUCGCUCGACAUUCUACAACACGUCCGACCGGUAUAUUAUGGACGACGUCAGGACUCUUCCCUACCCCGACCCAGAGCAAGCUACGGUGGCUCAGGCCGCCGAAUAGGGGAGCAAAAGUAAAGGACGUAUAUUGUAUCUUGUGUUUUUUCCUUGUCAGUUAUGUCAUAUGUAUAUACCGCCAUUUUCUGCUUAAUAUGAGGAGUUCCUUGCAUUUUGUUUUUGCACAUUGAAAG